UCAAAUCGCUUUUUCACCUCCAAGAGCUAAUCUUCAAUGAAAAGUAACGUUGCUUUUGGAAAGAGUCGGACGAUGUAACAUUGAUAUUUAUGGGGAACAGAAGUUUUGGGAGUUGGAAGUGAUCUAUCGUCUUCUUGCUUGACUUGUCCUUCAAACAGUAAAGAUCGAUCGUCUGCUUGCUUGACUUGUCCUCGAAACAUAAGUACAUAUUCCAACUUUUCAAAAUCCAAGCCUGGAUAUUUAAGAAUCAGAGAUACCAAUCGAAAAGUUGCGUAGAGAAGUAAAAAAAGAACAAAGAAAAACCCAUAAAAUUAUAAGGAAGAUGGGAAGCAGAGGGUUGGAUUUGAAGGGGAUACCAUCAGUGGACAUCAUGACUGAACUUCUUCACCGCAUGAAGCGCGCUUCAAAGUCCGACAAUCGCCUUAUGCUCAUUGGGCCAUCGGGUUCGGGAAGAGGUACUCAAUCCCCCAUCAACGAUGAGUACUGUCUGUGCCAUUUGGCCACUGAUGAUAUGUUGAGAGCUGCUUUUGCAGCUAAUACUCUGGUAGCCAAAAAGGAUGAAGAAGCUAUAGUUAAGGGGAAACUUGUUCUUGAUGAGGAAGUUGCUGGUUUAAUUGAUGAAGACUUGAAGAAACCUUCUUGUCAGAAGGGAUUCAUUCUUGAUGGUUUCCUGAAGACAGUGAUUCAGGCGGAAAAGCUUGACGAUAUGCUGCAGAGUCAGGGAACUGACAUCGAUAAUGUGAUCAGCUUUGCAACUGAUGAUGACAUGUCGAAGAAGAUGAUUACUGGUGUUGAUUAUGGAGGGCCUACUCCCUCUUUAAUCAAGGAAGAGGUGCUCCAUUCUGCUUGGAGGGGGACUCUUCCUGAGAAGGAGCGUGUCCUAAGAACAGUGAAACGCAUGUGGCUUUUUAUGCCUUGACGUGUAGAGACAGUUGUCCUUGUGACAUGCCACAUAUGUGUUGGAAAUGUUUCUGAGGCGAGUUCAAGAAGUGUCCCUCGAGUAUUGGAAAUUUAAAGUAUAUAAAAAUUACGGCAGUGUCGACGUUGGAUUCUUGAAUUAACAACCUUAGCAGGAGAUUCUCUGCUUUGUAGCUGCUAUUAUUGCAAUUGAGUUCCACCACCAUCCCUUUUUUGUAUUACUUGUAUCCAAAUUCUUUUUGAUGUCUGUAAGUUCAUGAUCCGCCUCAAUCACUAUAUGUUGGUGACAAUCUAGCUUCUGCACACAAUGAAGAUAAUAAUUUCCUAUCCGGAUGUCCUAGCUAGGAUCCGAUGGUGGAGAUGCUGUUGAUGGUUGUUGGUUUUAUAUCUAUUUCUAGUUUUAGGAUUAUUUACUGACAUACUUCCUAUGCUAACGAAUGAUUCUGUCCAAUACAUUCUUGUUGCAGCAUACUGAACAAGAAGACUCCUGAGAAAUUUGAUCUUCUCAAGAGUCGACUUGUCGAAUCUGGGAUCACAAACUCGUGUCUUUAUGCUGGGAUUUUGAUUCUUCUUUAUGUCUUCAUAUACUCGUAGCCUAAUUAUGCUUGUACUUCUGCUGUUUUAUUUGUCGUGCAGGGAGUUGUCUCUUUGAUAUCUGACAAGGCUGUGCUGGAGCCAACAUUUUGUCCGAUGUAUGCACAACUAUGUUCUGAUCUGAAUGAGAUGCUUCCUCCCUUCCCAUCUGAUUAGCCUGGUGGAAAAGAAAUCACAUUUAAGAGAGUUCUUCUGAAUAUCUGUCAGGAGGCAUUUGAAGAUGCUGACAAAUUGCGGGCAGAGCUCAGGCAGAUGACUGCCCCUGAGCAAGAGUUGGAAAGAAGAGAUAAAGAAAGGUUGUUCAAACUCCGUACUCUCGGGAACAUUCACCUGAUAGGAGAGCUUUUGAAGCAAAAGAUGGUUCCGGAGAAGAUUGUCCACCACAUUGUUCAGGAACUCAUAGGACCUGAUAC